AUGUCUACCAACAGGCCUUUCCUGGCCAACUUCCUCGCGGCCUUUCGCGCCCAGUCUACCUAUAAGGCCUCCACGGCGGGCACGCAGUCCGCAACGGGACCGUCUUCUCAAAUAGCCCAGAGUGCCCGAGCGAUAGCCACCAAAGCGGGCAGCUCCGGCGCUUCGUCCCCGGAGCCCGGCUCCACGACAACUCAUCACUAUCAUCACCACCACCACCACCACCCUUCCGCGUCGACCUCCUCAUCCGCUCACUCCCGACCAAACUCCCACCCCCGAACACCCCUCAAUCAGGCCUCUGCCGCCGCAGACUCCUCGGCAGCUCCGACCUCCCCGCCAGCAACCCCAGCCUCAUCCUCCACUCCCAUCCCCAUAGCCAGCGGCCAUAACCGCCAACGUCGCGGAAGCGAUAGUUCCAAUGGCUCCGGCGGGUUCCGGGAUGCCCUGGGGCAGGAGAAGUGGUAUAUUGGGGGGAGGACGCCUGGCGGGGACGAGCGGUUCUAUCGAUUAGGCAUGGUGACCAAGGGGGGUGGCCGGUUGGGUGGAAGUACACGAGUCGGAAGUAUUGAUCAACUGAGUUUGUAA